AUGCCUCCUAGAAGCCGUCCCCUCUGUGACUCUAAUCGCGUCCCUCGUCCCGAAGAAAAUGGUGAGGAAGAUUUGCCACCCCCACCUCCACCGCCACCAUUCAAUGAUGGCAUACACCCAGCUUUAAUACAACUUAUAGCUGACACCACUAGGCAUCUGGCAGAAGCAAUAUCACGAAUUCCGCGACCCAAUGAACGAGCUGAACUCGUAGGUUGUUCAUUACGCGAUUUCGCUAGCUAUCACUUUCGAAAUUUUGAAGGAACGAAAGGGCCAAAUGUUGCAGAAGCUUGGCUCACAGAUAUAGAUCUAACGGCUGAAGCUAAGAGAUGGUGGACUGCAAGGAAGGUGCUACUUGGAGGAGGAACAGUAAUUACUUGGGAGAUGUUUAAGGAAGAGUACAAUCGACGUUUUUUCCCUCGAUCUCAGAGGCAACUACGAGCGAUAGAAUUUCAGAAUCUAGUCCAAGGUGACAUGACUGUAGAGCAAUAUUCUGCCAGAUUCAUGGAGCUAGCUCGGUUUGCAGCCAAUCUUAUCCCUGACGAAGAAACGAAAGCGGAACGAUUUGAGAAUGGCCUCAACCCACGUAUCAGGGAGAGAGUGAUUUGUCUGGAAAUAAAGGAAUACGCCAGAUUGGUAGAAGUUGCGUCUCUAGCUGAAAGAGGAAUACGAGAAUCAGCCGCAGCAUAA